AUGCAUUUACGUACUUUAGUGGCUUUAUGCAUAAUGGCGAUUUUUCUAUCUAUGGUUUCAUCAUCGGUCAUUGCUGGUGAGGUAUAUCAUUAUCCUCAUACAAGAAAAUUGUCGAAUGUUCCAUGGCUUAGAGCUCCUCAUUUUCAAGCAUUAUCAAAACGUGGCCGAUUCGUUUUUCGUCAAGCAUCGAAUGAUUAUUUACCUGAUUCAAAAAAUGAUGACGUCGACGAUGCUGAUCUUCAUUCUGAUAAGCGAAACUGGCGAUUAUAA